UUGUCUAAGCAUGUGGAUGAAAAUCAUUGGUUGUGUUACUUUGACGAUUUUCCUGAAUUACGAUGGAAUCUGUGGCAAUGUGUCUCCACCUAUGGUUCAUCGUAAUGUGGAACCUGCAGACAAUAUAAAAAUAUCGAAAAAUGUAACGAUUCACCGUCAUGGAUUUGGACGAUUUCUGGGUUUGUUGAAGCUGUUGAAGGGUUUCCACCACAAAAGACACAUCUACAAUCCAUACGUAAUAUCGAGAUUGUGGCGUGCGUCGUUUGAAUUCGAAGUGAAUCCUCAACCGAUAUUUGGCCAUGAAAUGUCUUCAAACAUCUACUUUCCGACAGAUUUUGGAGUAGCCGGCGGUGGCGUAGUUUCGAGUGGCAAACCAAGCAAUAGUGGACUUGGUUCAAAUAGCAUUGAUAGUAUCUUCCAUUUCGGAAACAACGAACAACAGAGUUCAGUCACUAUAGGAGGAUCUAAUCAAAUCACAAAGGGUGAACGAGAUGAAAUUCCGAUUGGUCAGAACCAAGUUAUUCACAAAGAUGCCAUUGACACAGUGACUGCAAAUGAUACAGAAAAUGAAGUUGCCGGAAAGUCUGAACGAGUUUUAAGGCAUGCCAUUCAUGCUAGAAUCGAUGACGAAGAAUCAGACCCAGACGUUGAUGAAACUACUACCGUUAGUUCAAGUUCGCUGAACACCGAGGAAAGCGAAACAGUUGGUACAUCGAUGACGAUGCCACAAACUACUAUGCAAAUGGAAACCUCAAUGCCACAAACUACUAUGCAAAUGGAAACCUCAAUGCCAGAAACUACUAUGCAAAUGGAAACCCUAAUGCCAGAAACUACUAUGCAAACGGAAACCUCAAUGCCACAAAGUACUAUGCAAACGGAAACCUCAAUGCCACAAACUACUAUGCAAACGGAAACCUCAAUGCCACAAACUACUAUGCAAACGGAAACCUCAAUGCCACAAACUACCAUGCAAACGGAAACCUUAAUGGCACAAACAAUUGGGUCUACGGAAUCGUUGAUUCCUCAAACAACCGUAUUAGAGGCAACGUCGAUUUAUCAAACGACUGAAGAAUCGACGGAUCGUGACACAAAACCGUUUACCGCAACGACUCCAGCGAGUAGUUCACCGGGUGCGAUUUAUGAGCUAUCGUCAUCGUCAACGGCUGUUCCAUCAGAAUGGCUCGGUUACUAUGCCAAUGGGAUACAUAAGCCCGAAUUUAUUGAAAGUAUUGAAUUUACCACGAACUAUCCUCCACAGCUGGUUAAGGAGGACAUUCAUUAUGUCACGUAUGGAGCGCCGUUCAAACCGAGUCAUCCCGAUCAUGGUGCUAAUGCUUACGCGUAUUCGACGAAUUUUUUCAAUGCACUGAAGUUUUUCAGCCGUUGACUCGAUGAUGAAAUUAUGAUCAAUGGUAAGAAUGAAGAAUAAAUUUUGUCACCGAAGCUUUGUCGGGAAAUCGUCUCCCUCGUCCCUUUUAAUUUUCUUCCGUAGAUAAAUUGUCUCACAAAUAUAAGUUCUGGUGAAUAGUUAAAAGUCUUUCACUUAGAGUGUAAUGUCUGGUAUAUCUAAUAAGUAACAAAACCAACGAGUGGACAUCGGUCGUGAUUUUUGCAUAAAGUAAUAGUAGGUUACAGUGCAUGCUGCGAAAAUGAUUCAUUACAUGGGGGAAC